GUAAGAACAAACUAUAUAUAAUAAAAUAUCGAAAAAACAAGCAGUAAGAAAUUAGAUGCAUAAUAAUAAAAUAUCAAAAGCAAACAGUAGUGGUAAGAAGUAUUGUGUUAUUAUUAUUAUUAUUAUUAUUAUUAUUUUCAGCUGUUAUUGUACAGUGUAAUGGCAUGUGGCAGGAAAGAUUUCCUGUAUCUGUAUCUGUCCCUUCGACACUUGCAUGCCAAAAACGACCAGGAGCUAAUGGAUGUGAGCACACAGCUGCCUCAUGGCUGCACUGACACCUGAUCUUAGGCUUCUGUGGAAACCAUGCAUACAUAGUGAAACUGAAACUAGUCAUACUUAAGUUCUUAGAGCUGUAUUGGUUGUUUGCUUUCACCUCAACUAUGAUAGUGAGCAUAUUCUCUCACCUGUUUUGCAGGUCCUUUUGCAACAUGCCGACAUGAAUGGAGAUGAAAGACUGCUGAAGUUCCAUUCACUGUUUGCCUCUUCUUCAUCCUGAAUUUUGUCUAAAACUGUAUCAUUAUAUAAUCCUGCAUCUUAGUGGGUUUAUCCACCAGCCAAAGUCAUCAUCAGUUCAUCUUUUAUGGGUUUCUUCACUAAAUAUGAAAUCACAGGGCACUCGCUGAUUACAUAUGAGCAUGGUCAUGGCAUGAUUUCACCAGAGUAGAGUUUUAGGGUUUAAUAUUACGGACGGAGCAGUGAGCCUUCUUAAACUUUCAUUAAACUGUAACAUUACCUUGAUAAAUUUCACAAGGUGGUCAAUUGCUUGUCUGGCGGAGAGCUUUCCUGGUCUCUUGUUGCGGCCAUCAGGUGAUGGUGGCAUUAGGUGGAUAAGGAGCAAGACGGAGGUCAUCUCACGGUCCCAUCCUGAAAAUACAAGAAAAUUCACAAAGACGUUUUUACUAAAAUGUUGAUAUUUUUGUUCCAAAACCAUUUCCUCCGUCCAUUACUAUUAUUUCUUUAAUUCCAGUGUACCAUGUUCCAGUUCUUCUGUUGUGGAAUCAGCGUUAUGAAGGAGAUCUUCAAGGUGGCUUGUCUGGAAUAAAUCCUGACUGCUCCAAGGAGUCGACUCCUGUGCAGUGUUUGGGGGAAUAGCAGCCGAGACGAAGAGCCAAGACACUACACAGUCACUGACUCGUAGUGAUCAAUACAUAUUACGUGUAGCAGCAAACACAGUGGCUGCUGCUGUCUGUCCUGCUGGAAACCCCCCUUCAGACCAUAAAGCGACUCACAGUUUGAACUGAGGGGAAAUGAGGAGGUGAUGAGGAGGUGAAGACCUCAGAGAGUUUCCUGAAACUGCUUUACUUUCACUUCUGUCGUCGUUCACAGCGCGGGAGAUCCAGACCGACUUCAGCUAAACUGAAGGUUCUUAAUGCAGCAGAUGCUCUUCAGUUGUCUGACGGUUCAGGCACUGUGACGUUAUGGCAGCAUCAGAUCUGCCUCCACUGAAGCGCAGCAGCAGCUAUGAGUUCAUUCCACCUGACUUGUCUGAGCUGAGGGUUGUUCUGCUGGGGAACAGCUGGUCUCAGAGGAGUUCAGUGGGGAACUUCCUACUGGGAGAGACUGUGUUCAAUGCUGGGGAAGAACCAGACCGCGGUCUGAGAGUCAGAGGGCAGUUAAAAGACAAAGAAAUAGUUCUCAUCAACACGCCUGACCUGCUGCAUCCAAACAUCUCUGAACACAAACUGACAGAGUUGAUAGAAAACUGUGUGAGACUCUCUGAUCCUGGACCUCAUGUGUUCCUGCUGGUUCUGCAGCCUGAAGACUUCACUGAGCAACACAAACUGAGGCUCUGCAGCUUCCUUCAACUCUUCAGUGAUCAAUCAUUUGAUCAAUCACUGGUGCUGAUAUCAACACCCAGAGAGGAGGGUCCAGGUUUGAUGGAAAAUUAUCAGCAACAUCCUCCAUUAAAGGACAUGAUCAGACAGUGUUGCUACAGGUUUCUGUGGCAGAAGAAUGUUGACCUUCCAGAGCUGUUAACACGUUUGGGUCAAAUCAUAAAGGAGAACAAUGGCAAACAUGUCAGCUGUGAAGCAUUCGCAAGAACAACAUCUACUUUAGCAGCUGAUCAUCAAAGCCCACAACAAGCAGAAAGACAGACUUCUAUCAUGGCUGCUGUUAAAGCUGUUGGGCGGCAUGGAGUUAAAACACUCACUGCGAUAUUCUCACUCUCAGGGAGAAACCCUCAAACUCACAAUCUGCCUCCACUGAAGCGCAGCAGCAGCUAUGAGUACAUUCCACCUGACAUGUCUGAGCUGAGGGUUGUUCUGCUGGGGAACAGCUGGUCUCAGAGGAGUUCAGUGGGGAACUUCCUACUGGGAGAGACUGUGUUCAAUGCUGGGGAAGAACCAGACCGCGGUCUGAGAGUCAGAGGGCAGUUAAAAGACAAAGAAAUAGUUCUCAUCAACACACCUGACCUGCUGCAUCCAAACAUCUCUCAACACAAACUGACAGAGUUGAUAGAAAACUGUGUGAGACUCUCUGAUCCUGGACCUCAUGUGUUCCUGCUGGUUCUGCAGCCUGAAGACUUCACUGAGCAACACAAACUGAGGCUCUGCAGCUUCCUUCAACUCUUCAGUGAUCAAUCAUUUGAUCAAUCACUGGUGCUGAUAUCAACACCCAGAGAGGAGAGUCCAGGUUUGAUGAAAAAGUAUCAGUAUCCUCCAUUAAAGGACAUGAUCAGACAGUGUCGCUACAGGUUUCUGUGGCAGAAGAAUGUUGACCUUCCAGAGCUGUUAACACGUUUGGGUCAAAUCGUAAAGGAGAACAAUGGCGAACAUGUCAGCUAUGAAGCAUUUGCAGACACAACAUCUACUUUAGCAGCUGAUCAUCAAAGCCCACAACAAGCAGAAAGACGGACUUCUAUCAUGGGUGUUAAAGCUGUUGGGCGGCAUGGAGUUAAAACAACCACUGAGAAAGUCUCACUCUCAGAGAAAAACCCUCAAACUCACACAUCUGGAAUCAGGAUUGUUCUGCUGGGAAAAAGUGAGGACAAACAGACAAAACUUGGGAACUUCAUCAUUGGGAACGAAGCUUUUCAUCACCAGAAAACUUUCCCAACCAGACAAUGUUUGUCUGCCAGUGGAGAGUGGAGAGGAAAUCCUGUAACAGUGGUGAAAACUGCAGAUAUCUUCAGUCUGUCUGAGGAGGCAGUCAGAGAAGAGAUGAAGAGCUGUGUGACUCUUUGUCCUCCUGGACCAAAUGUUCUUCUGCUGUUAGUGAAACCUUCUGAUCUCACAGAGAAGAACAGACAAACACUCAAGUUCAUCCUGAGUCUGUUUGAUCGAGAUGCUUUUAAACACUCGAUGGUCGUCGAGACACAUGAGGGGAAUGAAGCAGCUGUUAGUCGACUCCUUAAAGACUGUGGAGGAAGACGCUACAACAUGGCUGAAGACAACAACCACACACUGUUAAUGGAGAAGAUUGAGAACAUUGUGCAUGAAAACAAAGGAAGCUUCCUCACCUUCACUGAAGAGACCGUCAGACCAGCUUUAAACCUGGUUCUGUGUGGGAGGACAGGAGCAGGGAAGACUUCAGCAGCCGAGGCCGUUUUAGGUCGGACAGCGUUUCAUUCAGUCUGCGACUCAUCAGAGUGUGUUAAACAUCAGGGAGAGGUGUGUGGACGUCAGCUUUCCCUGCUGGAGCUGCCUGCCUUGUCUGGAAAACCUCAGGAGGCAGUGAUGGAGGAAGCAUUCAGGUGUGUCUCCCUCUGUGAACCUGAGGGCGUCCAUGCCUUCAUCCUGGUCCUACCUGUGGGUCCCCUCACUGAUGAAGACAAGGGAGAGUUGAAGAUCAUCCAGAACACUUUCAGCUCUCGAGUCAAUGACUUCACCAUGAUUCUGUUCACUGUGGAGUCAGAUCCUACAGCUCCAGCUGUUGUUAACUUUGUCAGAGGAAACAAAGACAUUCAGGAUCUCUGUCGGAGCUGUGGAGGAAGACAUGUUGUUCUCAACAUCGAGGACAAGCAGCAGAUCCCAGAGCUGCUGGAAGCUGUGGAAAAGAUGAGACCCUGCAAAGACAAAUGCAGCUACACAACAGAAACAUUUGCCUCUGCUCAAAUAGAAAAGAUCACCACACUACAAGCUGAACUGAGGGAAACAAAAGGCUUUGUCAGCUGUGAUGAUGGUGAACUGAGCCCACAGUGUCUGAAGGUGGUGCUGAUAGGAAAGACUGGCUGUGGAAAGAGCUCUUCAGGAAACACCAUUCUAGGAAGAAAACAGUUUAAAGCCAAAUCGAGCCAAACAUCAGUCACCAAACAUUGUCAGAAAGUGCAGACUGAAGUGGACGGUCGUCAGGUCGUUGUCGUCGACACUCCUGGUCUGUUUGAUACAACUUUGUCCCAUGAAGAGGUUCAUGAGGAGAUGGUGAAAUGCAUCAGUCUUCUGGCUCCAGGACCUCAUGUCUUCCUGUUGGUGUUACACAUCGGCAGGUUAACACCAGAGGAGAAGGAAACACUGAAACUCAUCAAGGAAGGUUUUGGAAAGAACGCUGAAAAGUUCACCAUCAUUCUUUUAACUGGAGGAGAUUCACUGAAGCGUGAUGGGAUGUCUGUUGAAGAUUACAUUGAAAACGAAUGUGACGAGUCAUUCAAGAAGCUGAUCGCUGACUGUGGAGGAAGAUACCAUGUGUUUAACAACUGUGAGGAACACGACCGCACACAAGUGAGUGAGCUGAUGACCAAGAUUAACACCAUGGUGAAGAAAAAUGGAGGAAGCUGCUUCACUAAUGAGAUGCUGCAAGAGGCCGAAGCUGCAAUAAAGAAAGAAGUGGAGAAGAUCCUGAAGGAGAAUGAAGAAGAGAUGAGGAGAGAGAGAGAGGAGCUUCAAAGAAAACAUGAGGAAGAAAUGGAAGAAAUGAAGAGAAGAAUAAAAGAACAGAGAGCAGAAAUGGAAGAGGAGAGAAAACAGAGAGAGAAACAACUUCAGGAAAAGGAGGAAAACAUCAGGAAAGAACGUGAGGAGAGAAAGAAAGAACAGGAAAUGAGAGAAGAAGAGAACAGGAAGAGAAAACAACAGGAAGAAAGUGAAAGAGAGGAGUGGAAACAAAAAGUCGAAGCUUUGGAGAAAAAAAUAAGAUCAGAAUCAGAAUCAAAGGAAACAACUGACAGAAAGCUGAAGGAGAUGAGAGAAGAGAUGAGAAAAGAACGAGAGGAGUUGGAGAAUAAACAAAAAGAAGAGUGGAAGAGACGAUGCCAAGAAGAUGAAAAGAGACGAGUGGAGGAACAAAAAAGACUUGAAAAGCUGCAAGAAGAGUACGAGCGAGAAAGAGAAAAUGAUGAAAAGAAAAGAAAAGAAGAGGACAGAAUCAGAAGAGAAGAAGAGGAAAAAGAGAAAAAAGACAUCGAGGAGAAAUAUAAGAAGAAAAUAGAAAAUCUGCAGAAGACACACGAAGAAGAAGCCAGAAAGAAAGCUGAAGAGUUUAAUGAAUUCAGAGAGAAACACAAGAAGGAAUUUUCAGCUCAGAAAGAAAAACAUGAGACAGAAAUGAAAGACAAAGAGAAACAAUAUGACAUCUUAAAGGCACUUUCAGCCCACACAGAAGAAGAAAUGAAGAAAAAACAUCAAAGAGAAAUAUGUGACUUAGUGAAAUGUGUGACCAAAAAGAAAGAAAAUCUGACAAAACUCAACAACUUACUGACGAAACACGAGAAAGAAAUGAAGCAGGUGAAAACUGAAGAGGAAGAGAAGAAUCUGCAGCAAAAACAUGAAAAACAAAUGAGUGAGUUGAUUCAGGAGCUUUCGACAGAAGUUGAAAUCAAAUCAAUGUGCUGCAUUUCAUGAGGAGAUUUGUUUUAUGUAAACGUCAGCAGGAGUUUUCAGGUGUUUCACUGAGUGAAUACAAGAGUUUUCAGAUCUGUGAAUUGUUUUCCUGCUCAGACAGUUUCGAUCCCAGACUGUGAUCAUGUUGACGUGGAGGUGCACAAACCUCUCAGCUGAUCCCAGACAAGAUGUUACAAACAUACAUUUAUUCACAGGCAAAACAUCUGGCAAAGACUAAUAUUUCCAGAUAGUUGAUCAGUAAUUAGAGCUUCUGUUUUCUUAAUCUGUGCUUUUAAUCAGGAGAACUUUUUUUUUUUUUGUUUUGCAAUAAAAUGUGUUGACCUGAUGGGGGCGCUAUGGGAGCAACAAAGACCACCAGUAUCGUUCAAAUCCUCUUCUGGAGACAAAGUCUGCUGACCAGAACAAACAAACUACCUGAUAAGUCACCUAUAAGUCACCUAUAAAGUGGCCACUUUAUUCGGUACCUGUGCAGUCUCUUGCAGUCCAGUCCUGUUCUGAAAUAAAGUCUUUGUUCAAGACGCUGAUAAUGUUCAGUUUUUGGUCACAUUGUUGAAAAUGUGUAAAUUCAGUUAUAUGUUUAUUACUGUGCUGUUCCCAUUAUAUUGAGAGGUGUUUCUAAUAUUUUGUCCUCCCUAUUCCCAAACAUGAGGGGGCAGAAUAUUAGACACACAUCUGCAUGAGAUGUGACCUCUGAGCUAAAAACUCAUAUUUAAAUGAAAACCUGUGACAGUGUCAACAAAGACAUGAUGAGCAUCAUGAGACUUAAUGACACGACAGCUGUAGUGGAUUGCAUCAGACUGUUCAUGUGUUCCUAAUAAAGUGGCCACUGAGUGUAUUUUUGUUGUUUUUAUAUGGACUUUUAUGUAAUUUUUUUAAUUUGUAAAAGUUUAAGUCAUUUUUUCCAAAUUAAACAUUCCGUUAUUUUUGGAUAUA